AUGUUCGCUCGCGUCCUUGUCGCCUCUGUCCUCGCCCUCCCGCUCUUCGCGGCGGCCCAGCAGAACUGCCCCACCGGCACUCUCCAGUGCUGCGACAACCUCGAGCCGGCCAACUCUCCUGCGGGAACCGUUAUCCUGGAGCUCAUGAACGUCACCCUCGACAACACCAACGUCGACCUCGGCCUUGGCUGCACCGACCUCACCACCGGUGGCCUCGCCACGGGUGCAUGCAAGACCCACGCCGAGUGCUGCGAGAACAGCAAUGUGCACGGUUUGGUUGCGGUCAGCUGCAUUCCUGCUUAA